AUGGCCAACCAUCACCCGUCGCCGACCAUGGCCAUGCAGGGACAACAGCAUGGCCCUCCUGGGCCUCCUCCGCCGCCGGGGAUGCAGCAAGGCCAGAACUAUGCGCCUUCGCGCCAGAUCCUCCUGAUGAACGAGGCCGUCUGGAUGCAGAUCGGUAGCUUCGCCGAGCUUCUCGGCAACCUCGAGGAGGCCAUGAAGGCCUACGACCGGGCGCUGCAGGCGAACCCGCAGUCCGUGGCGGCAAUGAAUGCCAUCAGCUUGAUCUUGCGCACCCGCGAAGAGUUCCACAAGGCCGUCGACUACCUGCAGGCGAUUCUCAAGAUUGACAACACCAAUGGCGAGGCUUGGGGCAGCUUGGGCCACUGCUAUCUCAUGAUGGACGACCUGCAGCAGGCCUACGCCGCCUACCAGUCUGCCUUGGUCAACUUGCGGAGCCCAAGGGAGCCCAAGCUGUGGUACGGCAUAGGCAUCCUUUAUGACAGAUACGGCUCUCUGGAGCACGCCGAAGAGGCCUUCUCGCAGGUGAUGCAGAUGCAGCCCGACUUUGAAAAGGCCAACGAGAUUUACUUCCGUCUCGGCAUCAUAUACAAGCAACAGCAAAAGUACGGCCAAAGUCUCGAGUGCUUCAAGUACAUUGUCAACUCCCCGCCUCCUCCCCUGACGGAAGAGGACAUUUGGUUCCAGAUCGGCCAUGUCCACGAACAGCAGAAGGACUACGACAGCGCCAAGGCUGCCUACCAAAGAGUCCUCGAACGCGACCCGAGCCACGCAAAGGUCUUGCAGCAGCUCGGCUGGCUUCACCACCAACAAAGCAGUAGCUUCCAAAGCCAGGAGCGGGCUAUUGAGUUUUUGGAGAAGUCGGUGGCCGCCGACCAAGGCGACGCCCAAAGCUGGUACCUGCUUGGUCGCUGCUACAUGUCCCAGCAGAAGUACCCCAAGGCCUACGAGGCGUACCAGCAGGCCGUCUAUCGCGAUGGGAGAAACCCGACGUUCUGGUGCUCCAUUGGCGUGCUAUACUACCAGAUCAACCAGUACCGCGAUGCUCUCGACGCUUAUUCCCGUGCCAUUCGGCUCAACCCCUUCAUCUCCGAAGUCUGGUAUGACCUGGGCACGCUGUACGAGUCUUGCAACAACCAAAUCAGCGACGCGCUUGACGCUUACCAGCGAGCCGCGGAGCUUGACCCGCAGAACCCUCACAUCAAAGCGCGUCUGCAGCUGCUGAGGAACGGCGGCGCCAACGGAGGGCAACCCCCCAGCGCUCCUCAGCCUGCCGAUGUUCACCCUCAAGCAUAUCAAGUUGGUCCCCCGGCACCCCAGUGGGGAAGCUCUGCUCCGCAGUCCCAGCAGCAGGGUGGACAGCAGCCACCGCCACCACCCGGUCCCGGCGGUCCUGGCAGCAACGGCUGGGGUAGACUCGCGGACAUCAACCCCCCUCCGCAGCCCCCCAACCCUUACGAGCAGCGCGGUGAGCCAUUCCGCGGGCCUGCUCCUCCUAUGCCGCGUCAGCCUAGCCCCAGGCAGGAGCAGCAGCAGCAGCAGCAACAACAACAGCAGCAGCAGCAGCAACAGCAGCAUGGUGGCCGGCCGCCCUAUCCGGAGUCGAUCCGUCGGAUGCCCAGCCCGCCGUCGCAUUACUCCGGGCCGCCGCAGCCUCCUCAGCAGCCUCAGGGUGCUCCCACCUCGGCGCCGCGCACCAUUAACCCCAACUACUCUCAGCAGUCUUCUGCUCAAAUGCCGCCGAUGAAUGCGGGGCCCAACGGCCCUCCCAGCCAGCCGCCGCAGUUCCGCGGCACCAACAGCCCUCGACCUGGCGAAAGGCCCAUGCAUGACAACCGCAUGCCCUCUCCCAAGUCGGCAUACCCCCAACAUCCGCCGCCGCCGCCGCCGCCGUACAGUCAUCACCCUGACGGCCCCACCCCCGGCCCCAUGGAGGCUGGUGCCCCGCCACCGCCCCCUCCCGGCGCGAUUGCCGCAGACCCUGCAGCGCAGCGCAACGAACAUGACCGUCCCGCCUCCGUGGGCCCGAAGCGCAUGCGCGAGUGGGAGGAGGAUUCGUCUCACAAGCGCCCGGCCAACGACGAGAACCGGGCUCGACUGGAUGACGUCCGCCCUCGGCGGCCGUCGACCCCCCCGGGUCCUCGGGACCAGUACCGCCGCAACUCGUCUGAGGCCCGCCGCUUCGAGGACCAGCGCCGUGCCGAAGAUCAGCGCCGCGCGGAGGACCAGAGGAGGGCGGACGACAUGCGCAGAGGCGAGGACCAGCGCCAUGCCAACGACGGGUACCACCCCUCGGAGGCGGCGCACCACCCGCCCAGCCACCCAAUGCCCUCCAACCACCUCCCGCCGAUGCAAUCGGCCGCUGCGCCGAUGCAGAGUCUUCUCCACGACGGCGCGCAGAACGGUCCCGGACCAGCCUCCGGGCCGGCUCCUGGCGUCAAGGAGUACCCUGCCGAGGAACGGCCCCCGAUCGAGCAUACCCCAGCCCCCCGGCCUCCUCAGUCGAAUGAGCCGGAACGCGCGGCACGGAAGAUGGACGUUGAUGAAGACUACGAUGACAGCGGAGAGGAUGAAAAGAAGGGCGCCGUCCCCACGGCCAACGGCUCCGGCCCCGCCGCGGCAUCGGGGGAGACCAAGACGCCGACGAGCGCAAGCAUCAAUGGGUUGAUGGGGCCGACCCCCAAGGUUGAGUCGGCUUGA